AUGUUCCGUACCACCUCUCGUCCCCUCUGGCAACUCGCAGCCAGAGCUUCCCCAAGAGCUCCCCUCCCCCGCGCAUCAAUUGCGCCUCUCCUGCGCCAACAACGCGCCGUCUACUCCAGCAAAUCCGACUCUGAGAAUCCUCCUCCUCCCAAGCAGCCAAUUGACUAUGAAGCUGAGCGCAAACGCGGAGAGCAACUUCUCCAAGCUGAUCCUAGCCAUGUUUCGACUUCAAGCUCAACGGCCAACACCUCGACUGCAGCUCAGGGUUCUAAGAGCGCUGAUGAGGAUAUGAACAGUGAGCUCAAGCAUGAUAUUGGCAUCGUGAAAGACACUUUCACAUUCACAAACGUACCCCGCGAGUCGCGCAUUCUCGGUCUCGCUGGUACCCUUCCUUACCUCGGAACUUCGCUUUCCACAGUUUUUCUCGCUUGGAACUUGAACAAGGAGAUUCCUACAGGCAAUGCCUUUUACGACACCAUCAUGGUCGAUCACGAGACGGCCAAGCACUUCCUCAACCUCCUUGAGCCUCUCCAGCUCGGAUACGGUGCUGUCAUUAUCUCUUUCCUUGGAGCUAUCCACUGGGGUCUCGAAUACGCUGAGAAGCAACCCCUCCGUGAACGAACCCGCUUCCGUUACGGCAUGGGUCUCGCCGCCUCAGUCGUCGCCUGGCCUACUGUCAUGCUCCCCGUCGAGUACGCCCUGACCACCCAAUUCAUGGCCUUCGUCGCUCUCUACUUCGCCGACUCGCGCGCCGCGACUAAGGGCUGGGCACCCCGCUGGUACGGCUCCUACCGCUUCCUCCUCACAGCCAUGGUCGGUUUGGCAAUCUUCAUCUCUUUGAUCGGUCGCGCCAAGAUCAAGCAGGGUGAUGCCAUUACUUCUCAGGGUCUGAGCAACAACUUCUCCCGAACUGGAAUCGCAGACCAUGAGACCAACUGGGAGAAGCUAGAGGAGCAGGAGAAGCAGCGUCGACGAAAGAAGGAGGCUGAGGAGGAGAAGAAGAGAAAGGAGGAGGAAAAGAAGAAGAAGGAAGAGGAGAAGAAGAAGGGUAAGAAGGGUGGUGAUAAGGAGAAGAAGAGUGACGACAAGGAGAAGAAGGGUGAUGACAAGGCUAAGGCUUCUGAGGAGAAGAGCGACAAGAAGGAGGAGAAGAGCGAGAAGAAGGACGAGGGUAAGAAGUCCGACUCCGAGUCAAAGGGAGAUGAGAAGAAGUCCGAGUCCAAGGACAAGGAGUCUGAGUCCAAGGACGAUGACAAGAAGGCCGAAUCCAAGGAUGAGGGUAAGGACGAGAAGCCCAAGGAGGAAUCAUCUGACAAGAAGGAGGAUGAGUCCGAGAAGAAGGACUCUGAGCAAAAGUUCGAGAAGAAGGAAGAGAAGAAGGACGACAAGUCUGAGGAGAAGAAGGACAACAAGUCCGAAGACAAGGAAGACAAGAAGGAUGAUUCCAAGGACGAGUCAAAGGAGAAGAAGGAUGACAAGGAGUAA